AUGGCGGUGGAGUGUACUCAAAAGUGUAUUUUGAACUAUCUGUAUGGGAAAGGCGGUCAAGUGCCAAAUGCGGAGUUUGUGGAGCAUUUUAAAUCGAUUUUCCCCAGCGACUCGAAGCGAAAAGCGGAGACAAGGGAGCUGUUCAAGAGGUACGUCGAUAGCGUGGCGUUCGUAAAGACUCACAAUGGAGUUAAAUACGUUUGUUUGCGGAAAAAGUUCAGUUUAACGAAGCAGGAGCCAUCACAUCAACACAAGGACCGCGGGCAGGUAAACGGACGUGACGUGCAAGUCGCAACAGGUGUGCGAAGCAGCUCAGAUUACUCGCACGAUGGAGUUCCGCAUGUUUUAGACACUUUACAAGAAGAGCAAGCCCAAAGCGACUGCAAUACUGGCGUGGAAUGUUCUGGUGCGGACGCGAUGGGGAACAGAGGAAGCGUCAAACGACUGUCCAAACGCGAGCAAAAAGUAGUGGAAAUACCAGUAAUUACGUUGAUUCAACCAUCGCCGCUGUCCGUGCAAGAAAGCGUGUUCAACUUGCCCGAACCUGACGAAAAGGUAAAUACAGAAAAGGGCGAGACGCGACUGAGUCAAUCCAGGCGAUUUUCAACACCAUCUCUGCAAUUACAGCGAGAGGAGGACCAAACGCAACUCGAGGACAGUAGAAAAUGCUCAGAUGACGGGGAUGCACAGAGCCUGACAGGCAGCGAGGGGACGCCCAAAACCAGCCGCAAAAAUUUCAUCGAAGUCAUGAUGAGCAGCUCGCCGCAGGUGCGGCGCAACAUCUCUCUACGCACGUCCAGCAUUUCACGGAGUGAUAGCGACUCUGCAUCCAUUGCGUCGGGCGUGCUGGACGAUGACCGUGCUCCGGUGGCGCUGGAUCCGCUGGAACACGAGUGGAUGAUGUGUGCGUCAGACGCGCAGUGGGGAAGCCUGCAGGCGCUGCUCAAUACUGACCCAGGUUUGGUUUUGAAGAAGGAUUUCGUGACCGGUUUCACGUGUUUGCACUGGGCAGCGAAGCAGAACAAACCAGAACUCAUCGCACUCAUAGUUAACUUUGCCAAACAAAACCGCGUCUGUAUGAGCGUCAACGUGCGCUCCAGCACCGGGUACACGCCGCUGCACAUUGCCGCCAUGCACAACCACAUGGACGUGGUGAAGCUGCUGGUGGGCGCCUACAACGCAGACGUGGAGAUACGCGACUACAGCGGGAGGAAGGCGUGCCAAUAUUUGACCGACAACGCCAGUGUGGACCUGCGCGACAUCAUCGGCGCCUACGAAGUGGAGACGGAGAACAAGCCAGAAGCUGUUGGAAAAAGAUGGACGUUCACCAAAGCCCUCCAGAUGAAGCCCAAAGCCCUACACCGACUGAACAGUGCAGGGGACAGCGAUACUCCAGACGGGGGCGCUAGAGAGAGCCCGCUGAGGAGGAGAGCUUCUCUGAGCCGGGUGAAGCCAAAGCUGCAGAAGCUGCGCUGGAGGACGUCGCAGCUGGUCCACAGCACCACUUUUCAUGGAGUUGAGGAUUUGGAGAAACGCAGAGGAGCAAGGCCCAAGACGCACUUUUUUACUUGA